GGGCAAAGUUUCUUAAAACGACCCGUAGAACACCGCUAGGAUAGGUAAAACAUCGAUUUUUUUUGCUCCCUACAAUUUGACCCGCCCUAAUAUAUAUAUAUCUAUAAUAUAUAUAAAAUAUAUAAAUAUAUAUAUAUAUGUAUAUGUAUUAAUAUAUAUUGAUAUAUAUAUAUCAUGCAGCAGUUUUUCACCAGUCCACGAACUAAAACAUGUGAAAAGAACGAAAUCAAAAUUUCAAUAUUCAUUGGUCAAAGCAGAUCUAGGCAGAAAGAGAAAAAGUAUGCGCGUGACUCAAGUAUCUCAUGCGCAUGCGUUUCUUGAGUCAAGAAAGUCAUUCACACGAGAAAAAAAGAAAUAUGUAUGACACAAGAAAGACAUGUGCUUAAAUCGUGUCUUUCUCAAUAAUAUAGUCAUGUGUUUGAGGGAAAAGCUGCAUUGAUGAGCUCCCCAGUUACCAAGUAAAGCUACUUGUUUAUGACUGCUAUUUCGAUUAAAGUGUUGAAGGGUAGGUAGUUUGAACAUCAGGAUGAGACCUUUUUUAGCAACAGCGCAUCCUCACGAUGACAUAGUAGUUUUCCAGCUUUAUAGAGCCUUCAACUAGUUUCAUAAAUGUAAAAUCAUUGUUUAUUAUCUCUGUAGAUUUACAUUUAUCUAGUUUCUGAUCAUGCAUAUCGCUGAGUCAUCAGAUGCUAGUGAUUCAAAAACAUUAGACCUUCAUGAUAUUACGUGUCCUGUUUGUUUGGGAGCAGCUGAAGAUGCCAUGAUAACAUCCUGUUGUCAACGUGUCUUCUGUGCUAGAGAUGCCGAUAAAUCUCGAUAUGAAAACGGAUGUCCCCAUUGUCGUGCCGAAAAUUACGAAUUUCAAGUAGCACAAAAAUAUCGUGAUUUAGUUGACAAAUGUACAUAUAAAUGUACAUGCAAUGAAAGACUCUUUCCACGAGAUUAUGAUAGUCAUCAACUGCGUUGCAGCGCGAUAAGUUUUGCAUGUCCACAUGCUGUUUGUCAAGAAAAAUUAAAAGAUAAGGAUGACAGAACAACGUAUAAUACACAACAACUUGUUACACACUUGGGCCAACAACAUUGUGAUGAGUUCGACUUUAUUGGAGAUACAUUUGUACAAAAAUCUAAAAUAGAACCGUAUCGCAAUGCAUCAUCAAAAUAUUAUCAACUACUUGAAUCCUUGAGCACCUAUCUUUAUCCAAAAAUCGUUGAUAAACUGUUAGAAUCAGAUUCAAAACUAAAAGAAACGCCAAUAUUUAAAUGUGCUAGCGGUCACGAAUUGAAAUUAUGUGACUCAAAAGAACGAAAACGUUCAGUACCUGGAACGAAAACGUUCCUUACCUAUUCAGGUAAAGGUUUCAGUUGUGAUAAAUGUUAUAAAUCUUAUUCGACUGGAUCAUCAUGGCAUUGUUCAUGUACUUCACAUGGAUAUGAUCACUGUUAUGCUUGUAUAGCAGUGAAAUUGUUCAAUAUUGACAAUAAUGUAUUGCUAAAAAAUAACCACAAUAAUCAAAAUAACUAUGGUGUUUUGAAUCCAAUUGGACAGUUACUUGUCGAUGAUUAUCUGUUUUUACGAUCUUUAGUUCGAAGAACACAAGCAGAUAAUCAUGCAGACGAAUCGUAUGAUAAUGAUUCGGAUGAGUUUACCGUUGGUGAUCAAGCAGGCGAAUAA